CGACAGGAGAGGAGAGGAGCUCUACGCAAAACCUGCUCUGCCUCGUAGCCCUGUCCCUGCCAAUGGCAGCCUCUACGCCAGAGUGAGGAAGAGGAGUAGUGACAAAGGAGGUGAUAUGUUUCCCCAGGCAACCAGUGGCCCUAUCCCCAGUCACCUCGCCUUGUCAGCCAGUAGGGAUUCAGGCCUCUCUAUUGCCUCCCAGUGGACAGGGGUUAUUACUGCAGUGAGCCCCGGGAGAGGGCCCAGUGAGGACGAACGUACCCAGCAAAGGAGUCUUCUAUCUGGGGUUGGCCUGGAGAAGGCUCAGCCUCUGGAAGACAUGACAAAGCUCCCAGUCUCCAGUAAUAGAGAGGGGAAGUUGGACGGGGACAAGGAAGGCUUUGGGCAGCCUGUCAAUGAGGAGGCCUUGCUCAGCGAGAGGGAGACAGACAUCCUGGAUGAUGACGAGGUUAUCCCUGAGGCUAGCCCCGUCUUGGACAGGCAUAGCUCGGCUAGCAUUGGUUCAUUGUCCUCUGAGAGCCUGCCUGAAGCCCAGCAAUUGGUCCAGAGGGGAAGUGGAUACUCCACCCCCUCCACCUACACCACCCAAUCAUGGGUGCAGCAGCAGCAGACGGUCGACGCCCCAGAGGGGGAGGAGCAAACAGACAGGGGGUGGGACAGCCCUGUGGAUACACCUUCUCUGAUUGGUCCAGACACCCUGUCAGUUCCAGACAUGCCCAAUACGGGGACCAGCAGAAGAGAGGCGGUGCAGAGACGAGUGGAGGGAGUGGAGGGGGUUGAGAGGUCGCCUGUGCAGAUGGACAGCAACAAACAUUCCACACACACCACAUAUGCCACACACACCACACAUGUCCAACACAGUACACAUGCCACAUACACCACACACACCACACACACACCCUUACCCUCGGGGGAACCCUGUGGGGAGGAGGAGCUUGCCUCGUUAGCAACAGACAUGGAUGAGUCCAUCGAGCAGCUCAACCGGUUGAUCCUAGACCUGGACCCCACCUUCAUACCUGUCCCCACCCGACAUCCCGCCCUUCCCCUGUCCCGCUCCGCCUCCCUCCACACCAAUGGGAUAAGCCAAACGACAACCCACGCCAACGCCAGCCAAUCAGGCUGGAAGCACAGACAGGCCAGUGAUGUCACAGAUUACCCAGGGUUCCAUAGUCCGGGUUGGAGCGGAGUCCAGACGUUCCAGAACUCUCUGAUCUUCAGGCCCAACCUCCUUCCCUCCCAGCGUGGCCGUCUCUACAGGAUGGACAGUGUGGACUAUGAAGGACAGACUCCAGUGACGGAGAGCUGUGACAUAGUCCCACCCACACCAGCAUUUCCUGUUUCUCCUCCAACACCCUAUGUGAAUAGUUUUCCAGCUGUCUCUUACCUGAGGCAUAGCAAGGGACAGUGGGAGAUGAGCAGAACAUCACAAGAUUCCCGAAGUUUCCUGGACAGUAGUAUGAACCAAACUCCAGCCUCGUCGAAUGGAGAGCUUUUCUGCUCGGAACUGUCCUUCACUCCUGCCACCUGUCAGAGAAUGUUCGGAUCCAUGCACACUGUAUCGUCAAGGAGCACCCUCCCACACACAAACAGCCAAACCCCACCUCCGGUGUGGCUGGACAGGACUCCUAUGUCCCUGUCCUCCCCAUUCCUCCCCCCUUCCUCUUCCUCUCUUUCUCCCCUCAGCCUCCUCAAUGCGCACAAAUCUCCCCUGGGGGCCCAGAGGGACCAGAGCCGGGGUGAGACCCGGGGUGAGAGGAACCAGGGUGCCCAAAGCCAGGGGGAUUUAGUCUCUCUGCUGCUGGGGAAUGGACAUCUUGGUCUGGAGGAUAGCCUGUUGGAAGCUGUGGAGGGGCUGGGGGGCCUGGAUCUAGGCCUGGGGCUUGGAGAGGGUGGACUGACAGGACUGCCACCCGUGCUGCCUGAGAAGACGGUACCAGGGCUGGCUGGGUCCCGGUCCCCCUCUCUCAGUGGAUUAUCCAGCCCCCACAGUGGUAGUAGUCUCAGCAUCCCCUUCCCCUCAGCCAUGACCCCAGCCCCUUUCAGAGGACUCAGCCCUGGUGGUGGUGGAGCCCCUUUGUCUGGAUCAGACCCGUUUUCCAGUAAGCAGGACAAUGUGAAGUUUGUUCAGGACACUUCCAAAUUCUGGUACAAGCCUGACAUCUCCAGAGAUCAAGCCAUCGGUGUGCUGAAGGACAGAGAACCUGGAUCCUUCAUUGUCAGGGACAGUCACUCGUUCCGCGGAGCCUACGGAUUGGCUAUGAAGGUGGCCACACCCCCUCCCUCUGUCCUGACACAGAGCAAGAAAGGAAGUCUGACUGCGUUGGUCUGUCAACAUUCCAUUACCCCUUUGGCCCUGCCCUGUAAACUCAUCAUCCCCGAAAGAGAGACAAGUGAUCCAUCAACACAGUCAGUAACCAACUCUGCUGCUGAGCUACUCAAACAGGGAGCAGCUUGCAGUGUGUGGUUCUUGGGCUCAGUAGAGCUGGAGUCUUUGACAGGGUACCAGGCUGUGCAAAAGGCAGCCAGUCUGACUCUGGCCAUGGAUCCUCCUCCAACCUCCACUGUGGUUAAUUUCAAAGUCUCAACACAGGGCAUCACUCUCACCGACAAUCAGAGGAAGCUGUUCUUCAGGAGACACUACACCGUCAAUACCGUCAUUUUCUGUGCCCUUGACCCACAGGACCGCAAGUGGACAAGAGAUAGCUGCUCCUCUGCUAAGAUCUUUGGUUUUGUGGCGAGGAAGUCGAUGAGUGGGACGGAGAAUGUGUGUCACCUGUUUGCUGAACACGACCCCGAACAACCUGCCAGUGCCAUCGUCAACUUCGUCUCCAAGGUGAUGAUUGGAUCACUGAAGAAAUAAGACUUGGACACACACACAGACACACACCACACACACACACAUACACACACUCACACACACACAGCACCACACACAUACAGUUUGUCCUGCUGGUACAUACUGCACUUAAAUGCCGAUGUAGAGAAGACUAAUGUGUUGCAUUAUGGCAAACUACCAGCAGAGGGCAGCACAGUAGCAACAUCUUUACCCUGCCACCAGGGGUGUAGGGUGACAUUUCCCUUAGACGCUGGUCAGUUUUUGCAUUUCCCCCACUUAUGGUUAAGAUUAGGUGAGGGGAAAUCUGAACUGAUCAAAGAUCUGUUCCUAGAGGAAACUUGACCCUGAAGUGCAUCGAGGACUUAACCUUCUCAAGAAAACCAAUGCUUAUAUUAAUGAAGUCUGCUUAUCAGAUGAGGCUGAUUGGCAGAGAUCAUUGUAAUGGCUGGAAUGUACGGUAUCAAACACAUGGUUACAAUGGUCCCGCCUUCAUAUAUUGACACCCACCAGCCACCACUGAUAUUUAUGUAUAUGAUCUGGAUGUCAUUGUAAAGGGAGGGAAUCUGUCAUGUAUGUUAGUGUUUUUAGGACAUUUUUUCAACAACUUUAUUUGUUUAACUGUAAUCUAUAUGAUAUUACCCUAUAAUCACACGGCAUUACUAGUCUGGCUUUACCUGCCAUGCCGAGUAAAAGGCUUUCAACAAUGAAAAGGGUCACUUUCAAUCACUUCAGCCAAUCCUUUUUCUCAUAUCAUCAGUGAAACAUAGGAUACUCUACAAUCCAGUGCUUGACUUGGGCCGGAACACACCAAUAUAAACUGUACCGGCACCUAAAAUGAGUACCGACAUCCAAAAGGAUUUCAGUCAAGCACUGCUACAAUCGACUGGGUUUGUUUAGCAUCAACUUAAUAGUUAAGCCCCACCAUGGAGUAGCACCAUAUCAUAAAGUUUAAGAUUAAAGCUAGAGCACUGAUGUCUUAGACAAAUCAGACCACACUGAUCGGUUCAAAUUAGCGAGUAUAUGACAACAGAGUAUCGUCUGCUAUUUUUUUAUUCAUCUCCUGACAAUACUACAUGUUGAAUCGUCUCCGUUCGUCGACACCCAGCAGGCAUCUUCUGCGUACAGCACACGUUUGUUAUAUUAGACAAAAGCGUAUAUCUGGUGUCCCUUUCAACAGAUAUUAACAGAUUUUAAAAGAUGUGGUUUUAUACAUUGGCUGAAAUAUUUAUAAUGGAUGUGCGUAUGUUUUUAUAAAUACUUAUGUCUUUGAAAACAUAAUUGUCUGUAUAUUUAACAUUAUACAUUAUGUUUGAAAGAUGAAUAACUCUGAGGAGACAUGAAACAGUGCAACAUGUUGUUGUAAGGAGUACUAUGAUUACUGUCUUGUUCUUGUGAGGAAAUGUGGGUCCCAAAUGGCAUAUGUAGUGCACUGCAGUAGUGUACCUCUGGUCAAAUGUAGUGCACUAUAUUGGAAAUAAGCUCCCAUUCGGGAUGUACCCGAAGUCUCUUCCUUGUCGUAUUGUUGGAGAGUCGAUGGACUCAGGGAACUGUUUUCCAUACUCACAUGUUUCUGUGAUCCAUGUCUCCUACUUCUGUGUUUUCUUGAGUUUUCUAGCCCAAGAGCAUAACUUGAGUACUCUAUUGCACAUGAGGUUGGUGGCACCUUUUAAUUGGGGAGGACGGGCUACUGGUAAUGGCUGGAGUGGAAUUGUAUCAAAUACAUCAAACACAUGGUUUCCAUGUGUUUGAUGCCAUUCUGUUUACUUCAUUCCAGCCAUUACCGCAAGGCUGUCCUCCCCUCAGCAGCCCCCACUGCUCUAUUGUACGAAUUUGUAAAUUCAUGUUACUUCACUCACAUAUGGAAAAUAGAAAAACAAUAACUCAUAUAUUACAUUCCUACUUUUGUCAUUUAGGCUACAGCCACAUAGAUAUGUUGUGUCCAAAACUUCCGGAUUGAGCAAAUGCUUUUUCAUUAUCCGUUGAUGAUUGUCAGACAAAAACUGCACAAAGCGUCUUGUCUUUUUACAUAUGUAACUUGUCCUAAGAUAGUUUCAUUGAGUUAAACUUUUGAUGGACAAAAACAGAAAACUGAUGAAUGCAUAUACGGUUUCAUCUGCAUUCAUGCAUCUCUGUGUGGCCGCAGCCAUAUGAAAAUGUCAAUUUGAGUAUUUUUCCCAGUAGAUGGCACAGAUCAAUCACAAAAUAAACAAAUGUAGGAUGUC